UUUUCAUAGAUGUCAGGAAAUGCUGACAGUGCUGUUGAAUUUAGUGCAUUCACCACAGACAGAACCCAAGCAGCAUUAAGAGUGAGAGGGCAAUAUGACAGAUUGGUGGGGAGGUAAGGAACCUGCGUCUUGGGCUUACAUCAGCUAUAAAUAUAUUGCUUUGUGCGUAGCAGCCAGUCAGAAAAGUGUGGCAGUUGUGGAUACAGUGACCAGGUGUUUUCUCCUGUUUUAUCUACAUUAUUUGUAUGCACAGAAUUGAAAUGCCAACGGAAUGUAUCACCAAUCCGCUGCAGCGGGAACUGGCAGACAGCAUUAUCCGCAUGGUCCCACUUGAUGAGAUCCGCAUACUGCUGGCGUGUGGGGCCAAGGUCAAUGAGCCUGUCACACAGGGUCUUCGACCCUUGCAUUAUGCUGUCUGGCAGCGCUAUUUGGAGGCUGCUCAGUUGCUGUUGGUUAGAGGGAGUGACAUUAAUGCCAGGGAUGAAUGUGGUUAUUCAGCCCUGCACCUCUCAGCUGAACAUGGGUACACAGAGUUGGUGAAACUGCUGCUUCAUCAGGGAGCACAAGUGGAUUAUCGGGAAGAUACUGAUGAUCCAUUCCCUCGCACCACCAUAUGCGACGAGCCCUUGCGGCUGGCAAUUCGAAACCGCCAUGCAGAUAUUGCACGCAUGCUACUGGAGCAUGGGGCAGACCCCAACAAACGCUACUUUUUUGGUUCUGAGAUAAAUCUUGUGUCUCCACUCGAUCUUGAAUUUAUGCGUCUUUUGCUGACAUUUGGUGCCCAUCCAGAUACUCGAGAUAGGGCAGGUCUCACACCACUCAUGAAGGCAGCAAGGCUUCCACAGGGGAUGGAUUCUGUGCUGCUGUUGCUCUCUUUUGGAGCAGAUGUGAAUGCCAUGACAGAUUCCCGCCAUGAUUAUCGCACUGUGCUGCACUAUGCUGUUUUAUCAGGCAAUUUGGCAACCGUCAAUCUCCUAAUAAAGCAGGGUGCCAGGGUGAACUAUCCACCUGACUACCAGAAGCCAACACCACUUGACCUUGCCAUACUUAAGGGUGAUAUAGAUCUUGUGAAACUGCUGCUUGCAGCAGGAGCAAAUGUCAACUCAAGCUCCCCAAUAAUUGGAUCACCAUUGCAUGUGGUAUGUGCUGACAACAUCCCUAAUCGGCUUGAGUUGUUGCACUUAUUGCUGUCUGCCGGUGCUGACCCCAAUAUGGUAGUGGAGAGUGAUGAGGGUCCUCCACUGCGGCCUGUGCUUGCAGAGUAUAUAGAAUCAAAUGAAGAGCCGUGUCCUGCCAUUGUUCACUUGCUUCUGCGUUUUGGGGCAAAGGUUGUCAUGAAGACGCAGUUCCGUGAUCCACAUGGGAUACUCAAUUCAUUGCAGAAUUUGUCUAAUUAUCCCUCGCUGUUUACAACACUGGUAGAAGCAGCUGAAAGCUUUGACUUAUGCAUGAUUAGACGCUCUUCGUUACUGAAUGAGGAACAAAAGCAGUUGUUAGUAGAGUCUUCAACACAGCCUCUGUCACUUCGCCAUCAGGUGAGGCUGUUCCUACGUAGACAACUUGGCAAGAAAUUGCCACAUAUGGUAGACCAACUACCUCUGCCUACUAUCCUCCAUCGAUACCUCAUGUAUGAGUUCAGCUGAAAUAUUGCAAGAUACAAUCAUUGACUGAUCACAGAAAAGAAACUUUCAUAUUACUGAUUAAUAUCAGUAUCAAUUAUAAUAAUUUUUAUUAGAAUGUAGAGAACAUGAAGUAUUUUUAUACCUUUAUAACUUAAGAAACAGUUGUUUAAUGGUAUUUGGAAUGAUGAUUCUAAUGUAAAAAGUAACAGUGUCAGAAGCUUGAUACUUUUAAUUUCAUAUUUUGCAAUAAGUAUUAUUCUUAUACCCCUUCCAAACACAAGUAUUAUUUUAACUUUGUACUUCAAAUAAAAUUGAAACAUAUUACUGAA